AAAACGAACAGUAUUGUGAUAAUGGUAUUUAAGCGAAAAAUUCAGCUUCUUAUACAAAUUUUAUAUAUUCGAGUAUUUUUAAAGACUUUUUCAGAAGCAACACAAAACACAAAUUUGUUAAAUGUAACUCGAUCAAACAUGGACAUUCUAAAUAAAAACUUCAUCGAUGAGAUUCCGACAGGCAUUUGUCAAGUUUAUAAUGGCACAACAUGCAUGAAUUAUUUGGCUAAACAAUAUAUUUUUAUACCGCCCAAUUUAUCUUUAAACGAAUUAGAAGAACGCCUAAAAGCGGCAUAUGGCGUCAUAAAAGAAUCAAAAGAUAUGAACCCAAAUUGCCGCAUUUAUGCCCUUCCAAGUUUAUGUUAUAGUACACUGCCUCUAUGUCGAACCCCUGAGCGUACAAAUCUAUUAUAUUUUGCCAACAGAGCUACUCACAAGGAACGCAAAUUGAAAAAGAAUAAUACUGCAACUGUCAUGGGAAUUGAAAAUCAUAUUACAAACUAUAGUCGACUUAAAAGGUUUUUAGAGAAAAAUACGAAAGAACAUAAAUUGGUGCUUAAACGUAAAUCAUCGGUUAAGUAUGACGAUGUGUUUUCCGGUGAAAUAUCUAGCCAGUAUCCGCCAACAAGAGAAUCCGAGAACUUACGACGAAUUUGCCGCGACGAAUGUGAAUUGCUCGAAAACGAACUUUGCCAAAAGGAAUAUGCCAUAGCAAAGAGACAUCCAGUGAUUGGACAAAAGUUACCCUUGGAAGAAUGUUCACACUUGCCGCGCCAUAGUGAUUGCUCAACCAUGGGCAUAGCCAUAGAUGUAGAACCAACAGAAACAUGCUAUUGGGAAGACGGUUCUGGCUACAGAGGGACUCUGGCAGUGUCUAUUUCGGGCAAGAAGUGUUUACGCUGGUCCUGGCUAAUGAAAGAAAUAUCAGAUUUUCCUGAAUUAGCGGGACAAAACUAUUGCAGGAAUCCAGGUAGUAUGGAAGACAGACCUUGGUGUUUCGUUGGUGACAAAUCAUUUGAAAAAAUCAUGGAGCCAUGUGAUAUACCAAAAUGUUCUGACAGCAUUUGGGUGUAUAUCUAUAUGAUAAUGGGAUCGCUUUUAAGUAUAUUUUUAGUAUAUGUAAUCAUAUAUGUAUGGAGACGAAGGGGAAAUCAUGGAAUGACCAAUAUUCAAAACAUAAAUACACCGAAUGCAGACAAAAAUAUAUAUGGAAACUCUCAAGUUAAUUCAUCUCUUGAAAUGUCACGUAUUAAUGUAAAUGGCACAAACGAUCUAUCUCCAUCGUUCGCUCAAAAUAUCGAACGAAGUUCUCUACUUAAAAUACCCCAUUAUACACUGCAGGAUGUAGAAUUUGUUGAAGAACUUGGAGAAGGAGCUUUUGGAAAAGUCUACAAGGGCCAACUCACACUCGCGGGAGAAGAAAAAAUAUUUGUGGCAGUGAAAGCUUUAAAGGAAAAUGCUUCAUUUAAAACACAACAAGAUUUUAAACGAGAAAUUGAAUUAAUUUCCGACCUCAAACACGAUAACAUAGUUUGCAUAUUAGGGGUGGUUUUGAACAAGGAGCCGUUCUGCAUGCUCUUUGAAUAUAUGUCAAAUGGAGAUUUACAUGAAUUUCUUAUUGCAAAUUCACCAAAUGAAAACAAGAGUCUAACUCAGUUAGAAUUUCUUCAGAUUUCACUUCAAAUAAGCGAGGGCAUGGAAUAUUUAUCCGGACAUCAUUAUGUUCACCGAGAUCUAGCCGCACGAAAUUGUUUAGUUGGUGAACAAUUAAUGGUGAAAAUAUCAGAUUUUGGUUUAUCAAGAGAUAUUUACAGCUCGGAUUAUUACAGGGUUCAAUCAAAAUCGUUAUUGCCCGUACGUUGGAUGCCGUCUGAAUCAAUUUUGUAUGGAAAGUUUACAACUGAAAGCGAUGUUUGGUCUUUCGGUGUGGUCUUAUGGGAAAUUUAUAGUUAUGGAAUGCAGCCAUAUUUUGGUCACAGUAAUCAAGAAGUAAUUAACCUGGUAAGGUCAAGGCAGCUGUUAUCUUGUCCAGAAUCAUGCCCCACAGCAGUUUACUCACUAAUGAUAGAAUGUUGGCAUGAACAGUCUGUUAGAAGGCCAUCAUUUGGAGAAAUUUCUCAUCGUUUACAGACAUGGUAUAAUGGCCAACAAAAAUUAUCACAUAAUGUAUCUUUUCAGCUAUUCCAACAACCAUUUAUUCAAAACAUCUGAAAUCUAAAUAAAUACUGCAGAUCAAAAUAACUUACCGUUUUUAUAAAUUUACACUUAUUAAAUUAACUUCA